AUGCCCGUCCAGUUUCAAGGCCCGGCCGGUCAGCCGCCGUUUAUCGUCCACCAGGCCGGACCUCCGUUCGUUCCCGGACCUGGUUUCCAACCCGGACUCGCAGGUCCGGGUCCGGUCCAGGUGGUGGUUCGGGGACCGGCUCCCCCACAGGGAAUGCAUGUUCCUGUUCCGCAACCCCCUGCCGCCCAGAACGUAGCAGGGCAGCAGCUAGAAGUUAAACUUGCCGCCCAGCAGGGGGACAUCCAGCAGCUGCUGAUGGAGAAUCAACGGCUGGCGGCGACCCACGUGGCGCUCAGGCAGGAGCUGGCCUCUGCGCAGGGGGAGAUCCAACGGCUGAAAGGCGCCGUUGGGGAGAAGGACCAGGUGGUCAGGGGCCUGAUGGAUACCAAGGCGAAGCUCGAAGCGGACCUGAGAGGCGCAGACACACUGAGGCAGGAGCUGCAGGCGGCAAGGCAGGAGCUUCAGGGCACGAGGGGCGAGAUCCAGGCGCUGACGUCACGCAGGCAGGCAGAGGAAGCUGCGCGGAUGGCGCAGCAUCAGCAGCACCAGCAGCAGCAGCAGCAGCUGCAGCAGCAGUCGGCGCAGCUGCAGCAGCAGCAGGCGAAGAUUCAGCAGCAGGCGGCGCAGAUAGGGCAGAUGAACCAGGACCUGAACCGCAUGCAUGCAGACGUGCAGCUGCUGCCCAAACUUCGGCAGGAAAUAGAUGGCCUUACACAAGAACUCGCACUCGCCAGGCAAGCGGUGGAGUAUGAGAAGAAGGCCAACAUGGAUCUCGUGGAGCAGCGGGGCGCCAUGGAGAAGAAUCUCAUUGCUUCCGCUCGGGACGUGGAGCGUCUCAAGGCACAGAUCGCCAACCUGCCGCCCAUGAUGAGCCAAGGAAGCGGCUAUUCUGGGAUGCCCUACCAGGGGGUUAGCGGAGGGUACACGGACUAUGGGUCGCAGCUGAACCAGCAGUUUUCAAGCUACAGCAGCCCAAUGACACCCCCCAAUCCCAAUGCUACGGCUGGAGCAGGAGGAGCAGCAGGAGGCGGGAUGGGAAUGCCUGGGGCAAUGGGCGGUGGGAUGGGCGGCGGAAUAGGGGGCGGAAUGGGCGGAGGCAUGGGCGGCGGCAUGACGACUCCGUACGGAAUACGCCCACCAGUGCCAGCCGCCCCGUACGGCUCGUCGGCCCCAAUGUCCCCUGGUUCGGGGAAGGGCGGAUCCGGGCAAAUGCGUAACCAGCCGCGUUCGGGGUAUUGA